AUGAAAGACGUGGCCACCACCCCAAGCAAAAGGGGCAAGAGGUCUCUUCGGAACCAGCGCCUGGGCCACCAGCCCGGCCACCCACAGAAACCGCCAGACCUAGAUUACUUUUCCAAUGACAAUUUCUCAAGGUCGUUCAACUCGUUGAUUUUGGAUGACAUCACCGACGACCUCAAGCCUAAAAGACCCAUCAACAAGUCGCCGCCUUUUAACGUCAAGAAUGACAUGCACCCAUCAGAAAACCCUAGCAUCGACGACGACAUUGGCAGCUUUACCGAAGAAGACGAUGACGAGGAUGACCACACCAGCUUCCAUGAUGAAACCUCAUCGACCUUGAGGGCCACCAACUCGUCCCACUCCCAUCAUCUAUCAGGCACACCAGGCAAACCCUUGUUGAAACGCUCGUCAAAGUACUUCAACUUGUCGAUCGACUCGAAAUUCGAUGCGUCCAACCAAUCUCCGGUCUUAGACAAAUCGACACCUUUCAACAAGUUCAAACGCCCUCAUAAGCUUGUGAGCCAGUCGCCGUCUCCGAGUUCGGCAAACAAGCAGAAGGAUGUGCUGGCCGGGGCAGAAUUGAAGAGCCACAAGUUGUUUAAGAACGGAAACAAAAUAAGGAUCAUGUCUCCGCUCAAAUUUGCCUCUGCCACGCCGUCGAAGACGUCUCCCUUGGCCAACGCUGCCAACAGAGAUGCGUACAUGAAAACACUACAAGUAAGCCCGCAGCAAGGGUUCAGAUGCUCGUCUCCGAUCUUUGGCGGUUACAAUCCAUACAAUAACGUGGACGACUCGCCGCUGAGAAACAAGAAAUUCACUCAGUCCAACUCCACCAUUCCCUUUUACCAUGACGACGUGAAGGAUAUGGCCAAGAGCCGAAAGAUGGCCCAGAGUACACCAAACUUUCCCAGCAAAGAUAAAGAGAACCAACCUGGCUCCCACAAAACGUCUUACAAGUUUGUGAAACCGUUGCAGACGGCAUUCAGGUCUACCGGUCUAAUGAAGAAGAGCUCAAUGCCGAGCUCAAAUAAAAAACUACCGCCUGAAACACCAAUGAAAAGAAACCCCUUGACUUUGCUAAAUAAAGAUACCAACACCGUUAGUGAAUCGGUUGACUCCAUCAUAAGCCAUGAUCACUCCAUUGAAGUGGGUAGGAAUGCUGCUGCACCCGCCACUGCUGACACAUCAUCCUCAUUUUUCCACAUUGCAUCUUCAACAAAGCCACAGAAGACCCUCGAACUAGAGUUUGACAUCAAUGAUGAUUUGGAUCUAGACGACACAAUCCCAGAGACACCCACGAAGUCCACCAGCAGGAACAGAAUGCUAGCCGCUCUUCGAACCAGUUCUCCGCAGGUGCAAAUCAAUCAUAAACCUAUCAAUACUGAUCAUGAUGAACCCUGCACGCCAUUGCUGAAUAUCCCGUCACAUUCUGUUGGUUCUUCGCAGGCCACGAUCAACCUACCCAGUGGUGCCCUCGAAGGAUCAUUUUAUGAUCUGACUCUCACGAUAUCCACUAGCACACGAGGUGAAAAGUUAGGAGAGACUAACACUGUUGAUCAAUUGGAUGAUCAUCUUAUAAGCAAAUUUGGUGUGAAGAAUCUCAAUUAUAUUGGCAGCGGGCAAUUUUCUCUCGCCUUCAAGUGCAAAUUUCAGAACGAGAGAUUUGCAAUAAAGAGAACGAAAAAACAAGUCAUGGGAAAAUUGGAAAGAGAGUCAAUUCGUCGUGAAGUCGAAGCUUUGCGGUCACUCACGGCCAUUGACGAUGAAACUGAAGUCGAGGAAGGAAAGCAACACCUCGUGCUUUUCGUGGAGGCAUGGAGUUAUAACAACUACUACUACAUCAUGACGGAGUUUUGUGAAGGUGGUACUCUACAAGCAUUUCUCGAGGAGCACAAAAACUACAAAGUUGAUGAAUUCAGAGUUUGGAAAAUAUUGAUUGAGAUCAUGUCGGGCCUUAAGUUCAUCCACCUGAAGAACUUUCUUCACCUCGACUUGAAACCAGCAAAUAUAUUUGUUACUUUCGAAGGAUGCCUUAAGAUCGGUGACUUUGGGCUUGCUACCAAAUUGCCAAUCCUAGAAAAAGAUUUCGAUUUGGAAGGCGAUCGGAAUUACAUUGCCCCCGAGUUGAUAAAUGACAAAAUCUAUACCCCUUUUGCUGACAUUUUCAGUGUUGGCCUCAUAAUCUUAGAAGUCGCUACGAAUAUUAUUCUUCCAGGAAACGGCACUCCAUGGAGAAAACUCAGAAGUGGAGACUUGAGCGACGCUGGCAAGCUCUCGAGUGACAAUAUCAGCGAUUUUUUAAACCAUAACAAUUUCUCGUCAUUGACCUCAUACACAUCCUCGCAAAAUUCGCUCCAAUUCCCUCCGUCAGGACAUCACCAUUCCAGCUCAAAUGCAAUGAACGGUGAUAACCCUUUGCAACCGGCAGCACACGCAUUUGGCAGUAAAGGCGGGCCCUCUACUACCUCACUGCUUGGCAACGCUGGAAAUGUUGACAAUUUGAAGGAUUUCAUUCCUAGGAAUGCACCUGAAUUCCUUGUUGUGAACAAGCAUAAUCUCGAUAGACUUGUGAGUCGCAUGUUGAAGCCCAGUCCCUUCGAGCGGCCUACAGCUACACAGAUUUUGGAGAUGCCCGAAUGUGAAGAGAUUGAAAACAAAAGAAAAGCAGGAGCUACAAUUUUCGAAGGUGAGUUUGGACCUAACGAUGAUGACUAG